AUGGGACGAAUACCAAUGGGUGCGACUGAUUUUUCAAGAGGACCUUAUAGUUAUGCAGAGAUUGUAGACGAUAAUAAACUGGAACAUUUUGCAUUAAAAGAAGAAGAUUACAAGUUAAAAAUUCCUGUUCUUCGCAAAGCUUUAGAACUAAAUCCACAAUUAAAUAUCAUUGCAUCUCCAUGGACGUGCCCAUUUUGGAUGAAAUCAAAUGAUAACUACGCAUUUAUGGGCGUUUUAAAACACAAGUACUACCAAACCUAUGCUGAUUAUUAUAUCAAGUUUUUAGAGAAGUAUUCAGAGGCUGGCGUAAAUGUUUGGGGCAUUACUACUGGAAAUGAACCGUGGAAUGGCUUUUGGCCCUUUCCGUUACCUAUUCUAGGAUGGUUCAUGGCAGAUGUUGCAAGAUGGGUGCGUAAAAACCUGGGACCCACGAUAAGAAGUUCAAAACAAUUCAACGCUACAAAAAUUAUCAUUCAUGAUGAUCAGAAGAUAUUUUUACCUCGUUUAACUAAGUUUUUUCGUGACGACCAAGCCCUUUCCUACGUAGAUGGCGUUGGUGUGCACUGGUACUUAAACAAAAUAACACCAAAAGCUUUCUUAAACUUCGCAAAAACACCGAAAAAGGAUUUGUUUAUCAUAGGCACCGAGGCAACAAAUGGUUUCUUACAAUUUCCAUCUGUCGAACUAGGAUCAUGGUCUCGAGCUGAACGUUACGCUGAUGACAUCUUCGAUGACUUAGAAUACGGUGCAGCUGGAUGGAUAGACUGGAAUAUCGCUCUUGAUAUGUACGGUGGACCAGUCUACACGCAUUUUCACGCAGAUUCGACGAUAAUAAUCAAUUCUGAUGCUGAUGAAUUCUAUAAACAGCCAACCUACUACAUCAUGGGCCAUUUUUCCAAGUUCUUAUCGCGCGGAUCCCUCCGUAUUUCUGUUGAAACUGCCUUACAUAACAAAAGAAUCAGAGUUUUGGCAUAUAAACGUCCGGACAACGGAAUAGUAUUAAUAAUCUACAACAAGUCCGAAGAUAAUGUUAAUCUCAACAUCAAAGACCUGCUAAAUGGUUGUGCAACAGUCAAGAUUCGUGCAAAAUCGAUCAGUUCACUCGUCUACUGGUAAUCCAGCAAAUCUACGGCAACAAGACAUUAAAACUUGUAUAAUUUAUUACAUCAAACUUAUGCUUACACGCUAUACAUAACAAAAAUAAGUGUUUUGACGAGAUACGAGAGAGAUACAGAAAAUGAAACGUAACAUUUACAUGAUUUCACUAAAUAACUUAAAGUCUCUUUUGCGCGUUGAAUUUCAGUAGCCGUUGUCAUCGUCAAACCAAAACAAAACAGAUAAAUAUAAAUAUAUUUCUAUUCCGAUCA